UCGGGAGGAAGAAAAAAAAAAAAGUCGCCAUGUAAGCAUGCUUACCUUUGACUGCUGAGGAAGUUGAGACACCCAUAAAUGAUGACUCAACAUCGCAGGCCUAUAAAAGUAAAGGUAUUUGCCAGUGGAAAGGCAGAAGACUCCAGGCACAGCCAUUCAAGAUGCACCCAGGUGUCCUGGCUGCCUUCCUCCUCUUGAGCUGGACUCACUGUCGGGCCCUGCCCCUCCCCAGUGGUGAUGAUGAUGAAGACUUGUCUGAGGAAGACCUCCAGUUUGCAGAGCACUACUUGAAAUCUUAUUACCAUCCUUCAAAUCUUGCGGGAAUCCUGAAGAAGAAUGCAGCAAGCUCCAUGGUCGACAGGCUCCGAGAAAUGCAGUCUUUCUUCGGCUUAGAGGUGACGGGCAAACUGGACGAUAGCACCUUAGAUAUCAUGAAAAAACCAAGAUGCGGGGUCCCUGAUGUGGGCGAAUACAAUGUUUUCCCUCGGACUCUCAAAUGGUCCCAAACGAAUUUAACCUACAGAAUUGUGAAUUAUACCCCUGAUAUGACUCAUUCUGAAGUGGAGAAGGCAUUUAAAAAAGCCUUCAAAGUAUGGUCCGAUGUGACACCUUUGAAUUUUACCAGACUCCAUGAUGGCACAGCAGACAUCAUGAUCUCUUUUGGAACUAAAGAGCAUGGAGACUUCUACCCAUUUGAUGGACCCUCUGGUCUGCUGGCUCAUGCUUUUCCUCCUGGACCAAACUAUGGAGGAGAUGCCCAUUUUGAUGAUGAUGAAGACUGGACCAGUAGUUCUAAAGGCUACAACUUGUUUCUUGUAGCUGCCCAUGAGUUUGGUCACUCCUUAGGUCUUGACCACUCCAAGGACCCAGGAGCCCUCAUGUUUCCCAUCUACACCUACACUGGAAAAAGCCAUUUCAUGCUUCCUGAUGAUGAUGUACAAGGAAUCCAGUCUCUCUAUGGUCCAGGAGAUGAAGAUCCCAACCCUAAACAUCCCAAAACACCAGACAAAUGUGACCCCUCCUUAUCCCUUGAUGCCAUUACCAGUCUCCGAGGAGAAACAAUGAUCUUUAAAGACAGAUUCUUUUGGCGCCUGCACCCUCAGCAGGUUGAUGCAGAGCUGUUUUUGACAAAAUCAUUUUGGCCAGAACUUCCCAAUCGUGUUGAUGCUGCAUAUGAACAUCCUUCUCACGACCUUAUAUUCAUCUUCCGAGGUAGAAAAUUUUGGGCUCUUAAUGGUUAUGACAUUCUGGAAGGUUAUCCCCAAAAAAUAUCUGAACUAGGUUUUCCAAAAGAGGUUAAGAAGAUAAGUGCUGCUGUUCAUUUUGAGGACACGGGCAAGACCCUCUUCUUCUCGGGAAACCAGGUCUGGAGAUAUGAUGAUACUAAUCAUAUCAUGGACAAAGACUAUCCCAGACUGAUAGAGGAGGAAUUCCCAGGAAUUGGCGAUAAAGUGGAUGCUGUAUAUGAGAAAAAUGGUUAUAUUUAUUUUUUCAAUGGACCCAUACAGUUCGAAUAUAGCAUCUGGAGUAACCGUAUUGUUCGUGUCAUGCCAGCAAAUUCAUUACUGUGGUGUUAAGUGUCUUUAAACAUUGUUAUUUAAAUCCUGGAGAUCACUUUGGAUAAUAUUUCCAGAAAUGUGGGGCAAGGGAGGACAGCUUCGUUCUGUGAACAAGCUUUCAUAAGUUAUCUUUGAGCAUUUAUUAUGUAUAUGACUGUGCGUGGCUGGAACCACAUUGAAGAAUUUUGAAGUAAUGAAGUCGAGUACCUCCAAGGAUCACCUGAUUUCUGUGUGCUCUAUAGCAGCAACAGUUGAUGGUAUUUCCCACACCAAAAGUGGGAAUAUGGUGUGUCACUGAGAUUAUAAAGUAAAUCACAUAUAAUUAUGAAUCAUCUUUAUUACAAUGUACAAAAUAGUAUAAACAUGAACAUUUUGAGAAGUGUAUCAUAGAAAUAAAGGGAAAUGCCAGUAAUAGACUUGUAGACAACUUUCCAAAGAAAUAAUUUGGGUUUUACACUGAGAAUAUUCAUAUGUACAUGUCCCUCUUUAUACAAACAUUAAGAAAAUAUCAAAGUUACUAAAGAAAGGAGACAAAGACUAAUAAGAGGACCAUAGAUGCAGCUUUGGAUUUUGUUUAAUUUUCGCUUUUGGCAAUGGAUUGCUUUCAGAUAAGACAAAUAUUCCUCUGUGUAUUGAUAGAAGAUCAAGAAAGAAGGUCUCUCUUUUUAUUAAAACAUUUUGGGGCUUUGCAAAGUCACAAAGUAAAAAAUUAAAACUGUUAUCAAAAUAAUUUAGGUGAUAGCAUUAUGUUUGCAUAAAUCACUUGAUUAUUUAAGACUCAAAUUUAUGUUUCAAUCAUAUUUUAACUAAUUAUUUUAAUUGUCCAGUUUACCUUGGACAUAUAGGCUCUUUUCUAAAGACUUAACUAGCAAGGAAUAAAAUAUAUCUUACAAAUUGGAAGUAUUUAUGUUAAAACAGAGACAUCCAAAAUAAGGAAAAUAGUGUACUAGACUGUGAUCCUCUUGAGAUAUGGGACUGUGUUGUUUUUCUCUGCUUUUUUUUCCCAAUUCUUCAGCACUUGGCAGGGCACUGAGUACUUGCUGAAUACAUGAGUGGCCCCCAGAGGAAGAACUAUUGUGCUGAGAAAUCUUGUUCAUAAAAACUCAGGCAGAAAAAUGAAAUAUGUAUUUGCACAAUGUAUUAUAAUGUGUUAAUGUUGUUUCUAAUAAAAAGAUAUUUUCA